UAUGGUCGACAUCCACCUAAAGCGCAAUGGCCAGAUGACGCCAAAAUCGCUGUCUCCUUCGUGAUCAAUUACGAAGAGGGAGCAGAGCAGAAUGUCCAGAAUGGAGACAGCCAGUCCGAAAACGCCUUGACGGAGCAAUCUGAUCGGCCUCCAAGACCCUACCUCCAUUCAGGCGCCCCGCUUUCAAUGACUACGGAGAGUGAUUUCGAGUAUGGCAGUAGAGUCGGCAUUUGGAGAAUGCUGAAUACUUUUGAAGCACAUGACAUGCCCGUGACGAUAUAUGCAGUCGGGCAAGCUCUUGAGAAGAAUCCAGCUGUGAUUAAGGCUUUCAACGAUGGUGGACAUGAGAUUGCCUCACAUGCUUACCGGUGGAUUGACUACCACGACAUGGACGAAGCGUUGGAGAAGGAGUACAUUGUGAGGCAGCUGAAGUGCUUGAAAGAGCUCACCGGAGAGUAUCCUGUUGGCUGGUAUUACGGAAGACUCUCACCCAGAUCUAAGGCGCUUGUAUUCGAGACUUAUAAGGAGCUUGGGAUCCCAUUGUUGUGGGAGAGCGAUAGCUAUUGUGAUGACCUUCCUUACUGGUCCGAUGUACCUGCUGAAGCAGAUUUGCCUGCAGACGCACCGUCAGGAGGUCCUCAAGGAAUGCUUAUGCUUCCAUAUACCUAUGAUGCGAAUGACUUGAAAUUCCACAGCCUGACAGGGGUCUUCUCUCCUCAAGCGUUCUACGAGUAUCUUCAGAGCGCGUUCGAUAUCUUGUACGCGGAAGGAGAAGCGGGCACGCCGAAGAUGAUGACUAUUGGGCUACAUUGUAGGAUCAUUGGGAAGCCAGGAAGAUUCAUGGCCCUCAAGCGAUUUGUAGAGUACAUUGCCGCAAAGCCCGGCGUCUGGGUGACGCGCCGAAAAGAUAUCGCUGAGCAUUGGCGUCGCGUGGUAUGA